AUGUCCAGACGAGUAGGUGCAAACGAGUCCCUGGAACGGUUCCCUCCAGAGCUGGCUGAACACCAAACUAAGGACACGGGAGCAGAACCAGUACUGCCGAUGUUGGCUAGCAGUUCGCAGGAGCCUAUUAAGGAAAGGCGGCACAGUGCUGACGAGGGAACAGACGCGGCGCGUGAGGAAGCCCAACCAUCAGGCACUCUGCCACCGCAGGCCACUACAAGACACCGAGAAGCCUACAAUAAGCGGCAGCGCUUCAGACAGCACCAGCAGCAUCUCCUGGCAUCU